AAUGGUUUCCAAUAACUAGAUCAUGACUUCUUUCACUGUUAUCAAGUAACAUCUGUACGUCAUAAACCACCCUUUAACUUGUCUUUUGUUUUGACGUUGUUGAUUAUACUAAAGAACAGUUGGACCAAGCUUUGAGCUAUGAGCAUUAUUGUCUCAUUUCAAAUUGUGGACAUCUUUGUUCAGAAUGGCCAUCUCUUCAGUUCUAAAAUUUGAUGUUUCACAUGAUUUGCAGCAGUUACGAUCAACCAAGCCACGGAUUUGAUGUUCGUGGUUAUUACUUGUGACUUGUCUUUUCUAAUUGUUUGAUGUUUCCGAAAUGUGCUGUGAGAUUAUCAUAAACACACUUGUACAUUAGUUAGGGCAAGGUUACCAGGUUCCACUAGUACCCAUGGAGGACUAAGUUUGAGUUGGCGCUACUUUUUCACAGUGCACCUCCUGGUACCACUGCAUUUCAAGGCUUAGUAGCAUCAGAGAGGAGGUAUCCUGUAGGUGACCUCGAAAGGGUUUUGGUUACUAUGGCUAAAACCAGGGAUGCUAGUGAACUGGAGGAUGAUGAUGAUGAAGAAGAAGAUGAAGACAAUAGUGAUGACGAACAUGACGAGGAUGAUGAUUAUUCUGGAGAAGGGAGCAAUGAUGAUCAGGAUGAUUCAGAUGAGGUUGAAGGAAGUGGCACUGGAGGAAGUGAUGAAGAUGACGAGGAUGGACACGAUGAUGAUGAUGAUGAUGACGACCAGGAGGACGACCAUGAAGAAGAUGAGGAAGACAAGCAUACAGCAAAGAAGAAAAAGUGAGUAACUUUAAUUCUCUUCUGAUGCCUCACCCUCUUUUCCCUUCGUGGCUUCAUCAGUUAAAUUGAGCAUUAUUUGAAGGAAGACGACUUACUUAUGGACAAGAUGAUAUUUUGUUUGGAU